AACGUUCGUUUCACGAACGAGAGCGGUUCGUGGUAAACGAUGCAAAUUUCGUGAUACAACAAUCUGAAAAUGUAGCCACUCGCUCAUCGUCAUUCUAUAAAAAUAGAGCGCGAAUUUCUCGCCGCGCAUUCUCGACCACGUUUUUAAAGGUGGUCGAGUUUCAACACAGUUGCUUUUUUUUAGCGAUCGCGCGGGCAUCUUCACCGGAAGCGGUUACUACGAUUCACUGUUUGCCGCCAAACGUACCCUGCGUUCUGCGAUGGAAUUGUUUAUCCGUCGAUAUCUGAAUGCAGCAGCGUAAAUAGCCGCGUCGAACGUGUGCAUAUAUUUACGUUCCGCUUUGUCGAGCUGGUGCGUUGGAAUUGUUCCCUGGGUGUUCGUCGAAAUCGAAUCCAUUGCUGAUAAAAACAUCUGAGGAAUUCGUCAGAUACACCAUGGCCAAGGUUCAACUGGCGAACGUCGCCGUUCUUGAUAAUCCUUCGCCGUUUUUGAAUCCGUUUCAAUUCGAGGUCACGUUCGAGUGCAUCGAGGAGCUCAAAGAAGAUUUGGAAUGGAAGAUGAUAUAUGUAGGUAGUGCAGAAUCAGAAGAAUUUGAUCAAGUUUUAGAUACCAUUUAUGUUGGUCCAAUUCCAGAAGGAAGACAUAUGUUUGUAUUUCAGGCUGAUCCACCAGAUGUCAGUAGAAUUCCAGUCAAUGAUGCUUUAGGUGUAACUGUCGUAUUGCUGACUUGUUCCUACAGGGGUCACGAAUUUGUUCGAGUGGGUUACUUUAUAAAUAAUGAGUAUACGGACCCGGAACUCCGAGAAAAUCCACCUCCACAGCCACAAUUUGAUAAAGUUCAAAGGAAUAUAUUAGGCGACAAACCUCGCGUUACUAGAUUUAAAAUCAACUGGGACGAUUGUCAAACUGGAACGACGAAUAAUCUUCCCGAGGGCAUGGAAACGCCAGCGUUAGAAGAUACAUCACAAGAUGCACCUACGUCCACAUUAGGCUUUACAGAGAAUACACAAAAUGGUGGGAUGGAAGUGAUGUGAAAAACGAUUUGCUGCUGAUAAGAAUAAGGAUGAAUUAGCAUCAAUACAAUAAUUUAAAGAUAAAGUAGUACCUGGAAAAAAAGAAGAUGGAAGUACACACUCCAUAUAUAUUUAAAUAAUUCGAAAAAUCGCGCAAAAUAUCCUUUCAUAAGAUUUUUGAUGUUUUCUUUCGAUAAAAGAUUCAACAAGUUUAUAUUACAUAUUUCGAAAAAAAUAUUACAUGUUGGUAAUGUGAUACUCUUAAACCUGAACAAAAGAGCAAAUUAAUUGUUAAUUUGUGGAAUGGUUAGUGUCUCAUGUUUUUCUUAAUCAAAUAGUACUGGAUUACAAGUUAUUGUCUUCUUAAAAUGGCGUAAUUUCUGUAAAAAGCGUACAAUUAAUUAUAAAUAGUAAUUGUAUUCAAUACCAUUUGCAAACAAAUUAAAAAUAAUAAAUAAUUAAAUGCGAUUCAUUUUACGGUGCAACAGAAUAUUCAACAAUGCUCUGUAAUGCAACAUUGUUUUAAAAUUACUGUUUUGAUAGCGUAUACUUUAAAGCUUGAAGCUAAAACAUAUGUCGAGUAUUUUAAGUAUUAUAUUAUUGCUUAUAAUCAUCACGUUGCAUGUAGAUCAUAAGACAGUUCCCAUUUUUUAUUAGUGUAAAUACUAAGAUAAAAAAAUAUACAUUAUGUUUUUUACUUGAAAAAAUAA